CGCAAAUAUAUGUCACUCAGGCUGUUACCACGAUUCACCAUCUUUUCGGGCGCGAACUGCUCUCUGUGCGACAUCGCUAAGCUUGAGCUCAGUCGCGUUCGCCAAACUCGCCCAUUCGAGAUCGACACGGUCGACAUUCACGCGCCAGGCAACGAAAAGUGGAAGAAGAAAUAUGUGUAUUGGAUCCCUGCGCUGCACCUAGACGGACAGGAAGUCGCCAAAGGCCGCUGGGACGCAACGAACGUGAACGCGGCGCUGGAUCGAUGGGAGGAGAAUCGGAGGAAGACGCAGGGAGUGGACAAGAAGGCGUCGUGAUAGGCAGUGAGCCUACGUUGCCGUUCUACAGCCAGCCUUACCCCGCCCACCAAGGCGUAUGGGAACCGUCUGGACUGUACGCCCGGUACAACGACAAUAACGAUGGCGACGACGAUAUCCAUCCUCUGGGUUCACCCGACCGGCUCCCGCCAGAUCCGUACGCUUCCAGCAACACCCAGCCGCGGUGCUUCAACUGCGGCGACCAGACACACGUGCUGUCGGCGUGCCCUCACCGCCGUGACGCCGCGCUCGUCGCGCUCUCGCGGCAGAUCUACGACUUCGAGCACGCGCGGCGCGGCGCGGCGCGCAGUCUGAAGGAGUUCGCGGAGCGACUGCGCAAGGCGGAUUGGGUCGCCGGGCCGCACGCGUUUGUUCCCGGAAGAGUGAGCUUUGAGCUGCGUAGGGCGUUGAGGUGGCGCGCGGACGGCGAGGAAGAGGAAGAGCAAGUGGGGGGAGACGAUGUCCUAGACGAUAGCGACCCAAGAUGUGAAUGUGACGACGACGGACGAGAUCAUCCGUGGUUGAGCAAUAUGGCGCUGUGGGGCUAUCCGCCUGGAUGGGUUGCGGUGCAGGAUCCUCGAGAGGAGAUGUUGGCUAGGAUCAUGCACGAGAACAACCAAGACGACGACAGCAGCGACGGAGAAGGUGCGAUGAAGAUAUGGGGCGAAAACGGGGAAGAAGAGAUCCUGCUUACUCCCGACCCUGCACGCUCCUCGAUGGACGCUGAAAGCGUAGCCCCGACAUCCGACAAGAUGCUCACGAUGAAGCGAUGGGCGCAGUAUCCGGACCUGCAUUUUGCGUGGGAUCGACUGACGGUCUAUAACGGUCUCCUGCUCAGCGAACAUGGGCUUCGCCCGCCUCCUCUGAGGGGUCCACCCCCAGAACCUACGGAACGGCCACCUCCACCACCACCAGACCCUCCGCCACCAGAACCUCUACCUCCCGCACCGCCUGUCUCUGUCACAGCUCCAUUUUAUCAGUCGCAGGGGUAUCCGUCCUACGGUUAUUAUUGGCCGGCUGGUACUUAUGCCGUUCAGACGUACGCUCAGUCAGCGCAGAGCGAGCCUGUGGCUCUACAGGAUCAGGGAGAAGAGGAAAUGGAUCUAUCUGAUUGAUUCAACUCUUCGUCGCUUUUGAAUAGAAUUCUCUAUGUUCGUUACCCGUAUUGGUGCUUGGCGCAAAUGGGGAUCAAGUUUCCAAAUACAGAUCGGAGGCGUAGAGCGUUGUGCAGCUGAGGUUAGGGCUACAGCGAAUCACUCUCUACUUCCAACUUUCUAUUCCCAAGGCCGUACGCCACGCCACGUUCUCGAGUCCUAGUCUCUUAGCUCGUCGGAGGAGUCCCUCAAGACACUAAGGACAACACUUGUGCUCCAUGGCUCUCCCGCACACGCCGGAACUUCUCCGAGCGCACGUUCGAAACAAAAUUCCAGGCUGCCGCACUUUGGGACGAGCUUCUGGAGCCAUCUGCAAAUUUUUCCAGGAUAUCAAGCUACAUGUUUCCAUUAUCUGCGAAAGAGCCCGUUUCGGCGGAUACGGAUUGCCGAGCACACUAUGAUAUGGAAGAAAUGUAUCCUGACAUCUGCCCUCGGACUUUCACGCUCCUCUCAAUCUACUGGAAGGACAUGACGGGUUUCAAACUCCAGUAUCAGAACAUCAAUGAACCAAGCGGCUCUCCAAGUAGUCAACAUACGCCCGACAGAUUCCGCAAGAUCGCCCGACAGAUUCCUCGAGAUCAGCGUGGGCAAGGAAUCGACCGCUUCGAGAAAAUCUAUCUUGCCCAGUCGAAUGGGAUAUCUUCAUGGGUCAGGCGGCCGGCACACUUUGCGUCAAGACGUCGUUGUGGACGAACGGGACGAACUUUGCACGACUCCCAAACACUUUGCACGCCGCAGGAGAAUACCGCAACGAAAUGAAGACAGAUCAGGCGGAAUCGGAUCAUCACAACGGGGCUGUGAAAUCUCGCUCAUGCACGCUUUGCAUGCCACCCUUUGAGCGCUGGGAUCGCUUUGUUGGCUGCCUGCUACAAAGCCGUUUCACGCUUGCGCCAAGUAAUAUCACGAUGGCGCUCUGGGCAGCGCUUUGGGUCGAUCUCACGUGUCUAUGACCUGAGGACCUGAUAAAGGUGCAUCGAGUAACGUGAUUGUCCGCACUCGCGUUUGCCCCCCCACGGCCUCCGACGAGAUAUGCACGCAGGCGAGAUCGAGUCUCCCGCAGACGCCAGGAACUCUUCCAAGACGCGCAUGACCCAGGCUGAGAAACGGAAAGAGAAGCGUCGCCAGAAGACGAGCUCAGAUCCGAGGGACCAUAUCGACCGCCGUGGUUAUUGCGCUUUGUGCUUCAACGGAGGAGAAACCAUCCACUCUCCCUGCUCUCAGCAUGUGAACUCUGAUCUCUGCCACCGUAUGCGCAAAGAGCGUUUCGGUCCUCAUGCGCUGGACUCCCAAGACGAUCGAUUGCGCAUACAGAGGAGGACUGCGACUCAUGCGCUCUGCGUCCAGGGUAAUGAGUUCUGGCGGCUGCCGAAGAGCGUCUGGGCGACGGCGGCAGAGCUGUGGUGGGCCUGGCUGCUCGACAGGACCAACAACGGCUUGCCAUUUCCGACUCUCCAGUUGCUCAUGGAUGAUAGCGAUGUCGUGGACGAGGAGAAGGGAGAUAAAGAGCAGGAGGUUAAGGAGUUUGGACACGAAGUCGGGGAGCUCGAACAGGAUGCGAACACGACUGCGGCGGUCCCAUUUCCGUUCACUUUCGCCUAUCCGAUGUGCCCUAGUCCAUUUUCCCACCCUGACGCGGGCCUACUGGGGUCUGCUUACUACACUCAUACACCUACCUCCUACGUGACUCCCCGCUCUGCCCCACUUCGCGUCAACUCUUUUUCGCGGCGCUCGACACCGGAAUCAGACACGUCCAGUAACCCCACACUCGACUCGUGGGCGUCUCCUUGUCCUGAAACUCAAAUCGAGCAGUACUUUGGCCAUGAUCUCCUGGCUCAGGACUUGGAUUCCGGGAUUGAGGACCACGAUCGUGGGACUGGACAGUGCUCAGCCUACGAUGGAAUAGGAAUCGAGACCGCCCAGGUCUUCGCAUUGUUUGAGGAGAAGUUUGGGACGUACGAGAACCCCCGGAAUGAAUUUCUAUUUGAUGAGUUCUGAACUUAUGCAACACUUGUCUGUUGCAGUUAGCUGUAAUUCUGGGCUUCUUGCACACAUGCUCUCUGAGAUGUACCGCUUCUACUAACUGUAAUACAUAUCCUCAGCACUACAAUGGCCAUGCGCGUCCCAAAUCUUGUCUCAGCCGAUGAACGUCUCCCGCUUUGUUUAUGUGGAUAUUCGAUUAUUUCGAUGCAUAUCAUGUACCAUCGAAAGCACUACGUACAAAAGUACUACAGCGAGUCGUCGGACACUGGAGGCACGCUUAGUUUCGUUGCAAGCAGCUUCUGUAAUGAAUCGAUGGUUGCAGCGCUCCCUGCGAGAUCCAGUGCAGCUCCUCCGCGAGGGCUCUGCGUCAGCAAGUGCUGUGCACUGGGGAUGCGGAGGGGCGAAUCUUGUCGGCGAGCCAUGUGUGCAGCCUCGCGACCGGAAGCACCGCCACUGGCAGGCUCUUUGGUGAGCGCAUGCUCUUGCUUCGUCUUUAGCUCGUCCUGGGCGACGUAGGGCCGCGUUCCGGGGAAAUACGGAUUUAUCCGGCGGGGGCUGUCGUACCCAGGGUGGGCUGUGACGUGCAAGCGAACUUGUGUGUCUUCCAAACCAUUGGAGAUGUCAGUGCCAACGACGGUCGGCACUUUCUCGACCAUCAGCGCAUCCGUCGUCUGGGGCCGCAUCAGUGUCACCGACUUCAGCCACAGAUCACGGUUCGGUUGCCCGUCCUGCAUCAGCGCAACCCGUCCAUUGGUAGCCCCGGGUUUGAUGCGGGCGGCGACACCGGCGAAGGCCGCAACAGAGUGCCCAUCCUUCAAUUGGAAUCGACCGACGGUGUUGACAUCAUGCAUCACAAAUCCAGGCUUGGGCUUGGAGAGGAAGAACGAGUGCACCACCGAAGGAUGAGAGUACAUUAGUCCCCCGUUGCGGUGCGGCCGAGGCUCGAUCUUGUUGGUCGUCUGGUACUCCUUCGCGGUCUGCUGAGAGAUGAAUCUUUGAUGGUAUUCGCCGACGUUGGCCUGAGCGACGUCAAAAGCUCGGCGCUGUCCAUUACCGAGAGGCUGGCCUGCCCGAGCCUCGACUGUCUGCAGAUACUCCUUGAAGGCAGGACGCUUCGCGCGCAACUGAACGAGGUAUCUCGCGAAUUCCUGCGGCGUCAUGGCAUGGAUAUUGGGCACGAGAUACGAAGGUGGCCGGGAGGCUUUGGGCCCGUACUUCGAAGGUCCUUUGUUGCCGAGAUGCUCGAUGUAGACGCGGUUGUCUGGAUUCCUCGACGGCUCCUGCUGCGCAGUGGGCGAGGCUUCUGUCUGUGCGUUGUCCGCCAAGUCCGACGCGGAGGGAGAGUCGAGAUCUGCAGCCGUUUCUGCUGUAGUUUCGCCUUCAGUCUCGGCAGACACCUCCACAGCAGACGCGUCUGCUGGCGCUUGCGCGGGAUCCGAGAGCGCGCCCUCGAUGACAGAGUCGAGACCAAAAGCACCGUCGACAUUGGGAGCUAUGACACCGGAGAGGGCGGUGAUAGCGUCGCCAGAGUUGCCGUCUUCGGUGGCGGAAGCGGAAGAUUCAUCGCCCAACGAAGGUGCCCAGUGCUCAACAGGAACAGGACUGAAUUCUGAGUCUAUGGCCCAGUUCCUACGGGUGUCGCCAAUUUUGAGAGACCACGCAGAUUCACCCCGACCUCCAGCGACCACGUCGAGCUCUUCCAUUCGGCGUACGAACCGCACCUGGUCCUCUGCGUUGUCCCAUUCUACGUAGUGCUGACGAGCCUCGAAUUGUUUGACCGUAAUGAAGGAGUUCUUCUUCCGCUGGGUGAUGGGCCGCUUGAGACCCCAAUACCCGCGCUGUGCGAACUGCUUGGGCGCGGUGUACGUGUUGCGGAUGUUGGGGUCGAAUGUUGCGAAACGCGAGCUUCGAAGGAGUUGGGAGAAGGGGGACGACGGGUUCUGAGCCACGUUUUGGGCCGCUGUCGCUAUAGAUGAGGCGGAUGCAUGGCUGGAGGAGCUCGCAGCCGCUGCAAACGCUCUGGACAUGAAUGUUUUGAGAGGAAGAACUUUUGAAUGGACAAUUUUGGGGUUCCGCAAUCAGCC